GCUGCGUACUAGUACAGCUCGGCUAUAAAACGCUCAGCCCUCAGUGUCUGCCCACUAGUGUGAUAUGAAUCUACAAACAGGAGGGUGACACCGCACUGAGGAAUUGUAGUACAGGGAGCAUCUUCAUUUGGAAAUAUGCAAAGCGCUCAAAAGCAAAACUCCUCACAGCCAAAUCCAAGCAGAUCAGAUCUGAUCAACAGGAGGAAGAAGAAAGCAACAUGGCUUGUUGCCAGCUUGUUACUUUUGUCUUUUCUGAUUAUUGCACUUGGAAUUUUCACUACAACAAGAACAGAAAGUGUUAGUGUAACUGGAUAUGGAUCUGGGAUUAUUUUUGCUUUUGGAUCAUUUUUGGGAAUUCUUGGACUCUUUCUUGAAGAAAACCGCAAGCAGCUGUUGAUAGCAGCCAUCUUGUUUCUUAGUCUUGGGAUAAUUGCCUCAUUCUUCUGUCUGGUAGUGGAUGGAGUUUUCAUUGUGCUGAACAUUGACCUGAGACCUCUGCAAGCAGGAAGAUGCCAGUAUUACACAAGCGGACACAGCUACUUAUACGAGAAUUACUUUGCUUCUGUACCUUGUCAAGGGCUGACAGAAUCAUGCAGCCUUAAAGUACGGAGUGGCACAUGCUAUUGCUGUGACCUGUAUGACUGUGCCAAUGGGGGAUACUUGAAUAAUCACUAUGAGUACGUGGGAGUGAGAAGCUGCCAGGAAGUCCUGUCUCUGUAUGUAAUGAUCUGGCUGUUGACAGCACUGAACCUCACAGCUUUCUUCCUGGGGAUUCUGGCUACAGCCGUGCUUGGCAGUAUCAAAGAUGUGAAGGGGUCUGCUGUAAGACCUGAGUUAAACACUCAGCUUCUUGCUCCAACUAAUUACAGUUACAUUCAGCACAAGGAGCUCAGUGGUGUGUUGUCACCGACUGCUCCUCUUUUGCAACAGGACCCAGGAGCCAGUUCAUUGUAUCCGAACCCAUCAGUCCAUCUCGCACCGCCAGCCCUCGCAGAGCUGAUACCUGCCAGUCAUCCAGACACCCUCAACCCCCCUCCGUUUGUAUCCCAUUACAAUCUUCUGCCUCACAAAAUAGCAGCAGGAUAUUCAGUGUGAGGGCGCCAUAACCUCAAACGGGUUUUUUUUAAAUAAUGAUUUAUUUUGUAAGCCAGAAUGUAAAAUUGCUUUUUUCACAUAAAUCAGAAAAGUGCAUUAUGUAUCGUGCAAGCAAUAAGAUUAAUACAUAAGAUUACCUGUAUGUGAUUUUUUGCUUUAUGCUUUAUUUCUAGUUUAGUAGUGACAGUUAUAUCACUUGUAGUGGACUGGGUGUUCUAGUGGACUCAUCGAUUCGCAGUGCUGUGCAAAACCAAAAUACUUCCCAUUUAAUACAAAUUGUAUUCAGGACCACUCAUACCUGCUAGGGGAUUUGAACAUGUUCCUCUAUAGAAACUGUUUCAAAAUGUACUCUUGCCAAUGAUGAUAGGACUGCUGUUUAAAAUUUCUAUGUAGCAUCAUGAUAUGGCUCAUUCUAGUUAAGCACUUGUUUGUUAUAAAACAUGUACUUAGAUGCAUAUAUUCAGUUGUGAAUCACAGCACCUAAGAAAGAAUAAAGCAAAGUGUGUAAAAAAAAAUAAAAAAAGUUUGUAAAUAUCUAAAUAGAUUUUAAAAUAUGUGCUGUAUUCAUAAAUGCCAGCAUGUUUUAGAAUUGUGCUCUAUUCUGUGCACUAGUGACAAUUUAAAUAUUUUAUGUAAUCAAAGAAAUUACAGAUUUGGAUCUAUUGCAGAAGAGGUGCAGUUGGUGACUGCACACCAUUGAGCUCUUUGUGCUGAAUGUAUCUAUCAAAGAAAAAGAAAAGGUAUUGCAGAUCAUGCCAAAUAUUUUUGUAUUUCAAAAUAAAUAUAUAGCUAUG